AAUAGACUCACCAUUGAUCAUCUUUCUGAACGGUUGAUGCGCACUGCUAACUGAUGCAAACACGGACCAACACACUUAUGCGGCCUAGUACGGUUGCUUUGAUGAAACCAGAGCUCAAAGAAGCCGCAGCUGACCAAGUGGUCGUCCUCUUGCGCUCAGCUACCCAAAGAUGUCCGCGAUGUCGAGUGGCACCCAGCCAUCGUGCAUACCUAGAUCGUCCAGUGGUUCAAGCCCUCGACUACUGACUCAGGCACCCCCAUCACGGUUCUCCCACCCACAUCUUGAAGGAUCAUUGUCCGGCCAUCAAGCUAAGCUGUCCAUUGAUGCUGCUGUAUCCAAACUUAGCCGUGCUGUUGGUCGGCCUCAAACGAGCAAUUCUGGUGCCAUCAAUUUCCGUCUCAAUGGGAGAGGUUUAGCGUCUCUUGUUAUCAUUGACUCAACGAACACCCUCAUUGAAGGCGAGGGGUUUCAAGCGACGUUCGCAACUGCAGUGGAUCGAAAUCCCACAGCAGUUAACUGGCUAGAUAUUGAACAAACAUCCGUUGGUGACGGAAUAUUUCAACCUAUUGCAGUCCCUACCCCGUCCGCCAUCCUCCUGCGUCGACCUACUCCGUCCUUGAUCGAGUUCCAUACUCCGUCUGGUUCUGUGUCGAGCAAUAUGCACCUGUUUACACACCAUUCCAAACUUUCCUAUCUUAGCCGUCGAGGUCCGCCGGCCCCGAUUACGAUCCCUUCAACUGAAGCCUUGUGUAGUGUUGAGCCACAAUUGCCCACCUUUUCAACUACCGCCCAAAGUGCGCAUGCGCAGCUCCAAACCCGACCACCUGAUGUUCUCAAGGACAACCCAUCGGCAGAGGGCUCUGGCCUUCACUCACAAGAGACUCAGCGACAUCUCAACUUGCUCACGGGCGAUGACGAUCUACAAUCCUCGGAUGAAUUAACUGUCCUUGAGAAAGCUCUCGCACCGCAAACUCGACUAAGGGAACUGGCUGGAGCAGGUGAUGUGCGAUCAGGUCCAAUUCGGAAGAAUCGCAGUUUUCGGGCCGAUAGUUCGAAGGAUUGUGGUGCUGGUCAAAAUCAACUUUGUCCACAGCAGGAUAAGUUUGAGCCCUCUCAGGGUCGGGGACAGGUAGGUGUGGUGCCUGCACCGUUGUCCGACCCUUCAGCGAUCGCCCCCCGUGAGACACUGGGAGAUUCAGCAUCCACUUCACAGGACAUGGCACUGCGGUCCUCAUCUCCACAUACAUUCCAUAGCACUGAGUCCACUCGGCGAAAUGUUAUUCCUGCUCCACGCCGUUUAUCUCCAAGUUCCGAGUCCUCCACCGGACAUCCGCUUGACCAUCAGCCUGCGCCAUUAGGUGGCGCUGCCCGCACCCUUGUCACAAGCGUUUCGUGGUCUCCAACGGUAUCGCCUAAGUCCGUCAUCCUACCUCUCCCUAAGAACGCUGGCUCUGCAGAAGCGAUGAAGCACCUGGAAGUCCCCGGGUCCGCACUGUCGAAUGCUAUGUCUAGUGACAGUGUUCGCAGAGAUACGUAUAUGCCCCAAUCCAGCGACCUCUUGUUUUCUCCCGAAUUCAUUUUUUCUGCUUUGGGUGUUCCUGAACACGCUCAAACGACCAGCGCAAUCCUUCCAGAGGACUACUCUGCUGUGGCCGGUGCGGAAAAUGCUCAAACCAUCCGAGGUCAUGAGGAUGCGAUUGGCCUUGAACACGUCUCAGCGUAUUGGAUGACGAAAGAGGAUUCAGCAACAUUACCUUUAUCACCACCGAUACUAGCCGCCCCCAACUCUGGAGGGGGAACGAGACCUCGGUCCGCUUUUGACGGUGCUCAAAUUAUUACCUCCUUUGCUUCACCGACAAGUGGGAAGUACAGUCCAUCCAUGAAUCCAAAGGGAAGCAACACUGAAAAUUCAUUGGGAACCAAAACUCCCGUUCUCCCCCAACGAGCUCUCACCGAGCGGUCUCUAUCUUUGCCCAUAGAAGACGCUAGUUUGACGCGUGUUCCCAAGAACAACACCGCUACUGUAGAUGUUUCGGUCUCUAUCUCCAACUCUGUCCAAGCCUCUCGCAGUGAUGGUUCGAGUCGUUCAAGGGGUGCCGCGCAGGUUGCAGUGAAUGCGUUGUCACGUAAGGGGUCCAAGGAUAGGUUGGCGUUGAUGGCGGAUCUCUGCGAUCCCCCCUCAAUACUCCUCGGGAUCGUCAUCCUCGCAAGGUUCUUCCACCGCUUUCUCUCGACUCUCGCCAACCUCUCAAACUCCGCCUUCGUCGGAGAGCGGAUUCCUCUCUUCUGCAUUCCCUCGCCAUAAACAUACCGUAUCUGAGCAAGCAGAUCUGCCCCUCAAACCUAUCUCCGUAUCGUCUCGGGGUAGGAGUGCAAGUGAUGCGGGACACUUGCCCUUGUCUCGGCACAAGACGUACACUGGUUCC